UAGAAAUCAUUCACAUCGUAAAACCUUGGAGACAAUGACAGGGUUUGGCUCAUCGUGUGGAGCAUGCAAGUUCCUAAGGAGAAAAUGCACCAGUGAUUGUGUAUUUGCUCCUUACUUCUCCUACGACCAAGCUUCAUCCCAUUUUGCAGCAGUGCAUAAGAUUUAUGGAGCCAGUAACGUCUCCAAGCUACUGUCACAUCUUCCAAUCCAGAAUAGAAGAGAAGCUGCCAUCACCAUAUCUUACGAAGCCUUGGCUCGCAUGCAUGAUCCUAUUUAUGGCUGUGUUGCUCAUAUCUAUGCAUUGCAGCAACAGGUUGUGAACUUGCAAGAGGAGAUAGAUGCUCUUGGAAGCAUGGUGGCAAACUCCACAGUUAGUGUUGUCAAUUGUGGCACUGUCCAAGCACCAAUGUACUCAGACAACGGAAUACCUUAUGAUACUUUGCAGCAUGAUGCUACGAGGACACAGUAUUUUCAAAACAAUCUAGCAAACUUUCUUUCAGAAGAUGGAAAUGCCAGAGCCUUGCAAAGUUUGGAGUCACAGAUGAAUAUAGAGCUUCCUAAUGCACACGUGGAAGAACCUUCCUUUGGUGAUUCCAACUCCAAUCCGUUAGAACAGUUCCUAUCUGGAAUUGACCAAGAGGUGUUCGUGAAUCAUCCAUGGUUCAAGCAUAAUGCAGACAUAAAGGGCUAGGAAUGUUGAAAAAGCUGCGACUAGACUUUUGUCCACGUGCUUGGCGCAAUAUGAUUGCAUGAA